AUGGAGAACGUCCACGAAUUGCAACACCCGCUGCUGGCCAAAACUCCCGGGAAGUUGACCCUCCAGAAUGAGAUGCUAAGCCAAGUGGGUCAUCAGGAACAUGCCAAACUGUUUUCCCACCAGGUGCUGCCCGACUUCCCUUGGUUCCACCAGACGGGCUCAGUUCUUGCCAGCCAGCUUCUAGAUCCUGGCAGCCUGCAGAGGACGGUAGAGCCGUACCGUCCUUCAGACCCGGGGCUGUACCCUGAGCUGUGGCAGGCGAACAACCCCCAAGGCUGGAAGAAGAAAGAUUACAUUGAAACAGCCUUUGGGGACAGCAAGGAGGCCGGAGAGUUGCCCCGCAAGGUGGCUCUCGAGAAGGACAUUCACACGGUGUGCUACGAAGUGGGUGACACGGAGGUGCUGGAGCUGGAGAACGACUCCUCGAGUGACAGUGAUACGGAGAGCGAGAGCAGCUUCUCUACGCUGCUGCCUCAGGAUUACUUGGGCCUGGCAGUUUUCUCUAUGCUGUGCUGCUUCUGGCCAUUGGGCAUCGCUGCCUUCUACCUGUCCCAAAAGACCAACAAGGCAUCAGCCAAAGGAGACUAUCCCAGAGCGUGGACGGCUUCCCGCCAGACCUUCGCGUUGGCUGUCCUGUCCAUCAUCCUCGGCAUCUGUACCUACAUUGGGGCAGUGGUGGCCCUCAUCGCCUACCUCUCCAACAAAGCGCCAACCUAG